AGGAGCUCGCAGUCCAGGAGCGCUGGCGCAUCCCGGGUCAGCGCAACAUCCUCGGUGCCACCAAGGCGCGGGAAGAUUACGAGUAUGGCAAAGUCUCACUGGAAGACAUCAAUAAGAGCCAGAUCCAUGAUUGGGACUACGAGGAGAAGAACGAGGCGGAGACACGCAACCACUUCUUCAGGAUUCUCCUUCAGAAAGUCGUCCUUGGGAACCUGCUGUCCCUCUGGCUGCAGAGCGCCUUCCUGGCCCACCCUCCGAAGGAGGUGCUGUUGUUGAGAGAGAGGAUGGGCGUGAGUGACGUCAAGAUCUUCGUCAGCAUGAUCCUCUCUGCAAUACAAGCAGUCCUGCGGUGCAAGAAAGUCUGUGUCCAGCUGGGACUUUUUGGCCUCUUCGUUUCCUCCUUCCUGAUGCUCUUUGUGGCGUGGUCUUUCUUCAAGGUAUACAAAGCCUACCAGUGCAAAGAAAGCGGGUGGGAGCUUUCCGGGUGCGACCCGAUCCCCUUCUGACCGCUUCCGCUUCUCUGCCGAUAAUUCGGCCCAAAAACGAGGGCAUUCGACUGGCCGGGCCAUGGCAACAAACUGAG